AUGUGUAGAAAAAGGGCUUCGCAACCGUACACAAAAGCAAGUACCUGCUUUUUCCAUUUCGGAAUGUUUUUGUUUUUUCCAAAUGUCGAUGUCUUUUCAACAGUACACAAACUAAUUAAAAGUAAUAUCAAUUUUCUGUGCAUUUCUUAUUCCGUUUGUGUUUGUUUUGAUGGAGUCUCAAUGGAUCGUUUACGAGAGUUUAUCAAUGUAAUUCAACACGCUGCUUGGAGAAGACUACUAAGCGCGUGUCGUUUUGGUGUAAAAAGUUUGAGGCGAACAGAAAGCAAAGAGAAAUGUUGUGGAAGGCGAAGAGUGGGGAAAGAGAAGAACAGAACAUGUGAUAAAUUUCAUGUUCCCCAAGUUUGCAUUCUUAUGAAAAAUGCUGCAUUUUGA